AAGCCCGGAUAAGUGCCUCUCGCUUAAGUGCCUAACCCGCUUAAGUACCUUUGUUUCUUUAGAACCAAAAUUCUAAGGAUUUGUUCAUAUAAAACUCAUCUUUUAAGUGCCUUUCGCUUAACUACCUUUCCCGCUUAAUUACCUCCUAUUUUGAAUACUUAUAAUUGAAUUUACCUGCAAAAAAUUCUUUUAAGUACACAUUUGAAACCAGUUGCAACAAUAAAAAAAACUUCGUCUGCAUUGUGUUUCCUACUUUAAAAUUCGAAAAUAAAAAGUAGUAGCUUUGAUCUACUACAAUGGUGGAGACUAACUAGGUAUGUACAUAAUUUAAACUGUCAAAGUAAUUUUUGGUUUGUUGUGAUGUGAAGAUAAAACUGUAAAUGUUGUUUGUUUUCAUUUUCAUUUAAAAAUUGUUGUGUUUGAAAAAUGUCUGGAAAAGGACGAAAACUGACUAGCCUUACAAUUAAACAAAAAUUACAAAUCCUACGCCUGGUUGAAGCCAAAUUGAAAUCGAGAAAGGAAAUUGCUGAACAAUUUAAGUGCGAUGUGUCCACAAUUAAUAGAGUGGCGAGAAAUAAGACAAAAUUGGAAGAAGCUGCACAAACUAACCAAAAUUCUAAAAGGAAACGUUUGCGAAUGAGUUCUAAUGAAAAAGUAGAGACUACUCUCACUCUAUGGUUUAAUCAAAUGCGAUCCCAAAAUGCAAUUAUUAGUGGUAUUCAGCUAAUGAGCAAAGCCAAAGAGUUUGCUUUAAAAUUAAAUGAAGACUUUGAGCCAACAAGCGGUUGGCUAUGGCGUUGGAAACGCAGGGAAAAUAUUAAGUAUAAGAAAAUCCAAGGUGAGCUAGUUGACGCAGAUACUGUAGGAGCUGAUCUGUACCAACAAGAAGUUCUACCGAACCUGAUUUCCGAAUACGAACCAUGCAAUAUCUUUAAUGCUGACGAAAGCGGCCUUUGUUUCAGAGCCUUACCAAAUGGUACAUUGACAAAAAAAGGUAGCACCCCAACAGGUGGAAAAAUUGAUAAAGCUCGACUAACCCUGCUGUUUCUCUGCAAUGCCGAUGGAACAUUCAAAAAAGUAUUUGCCAUCGGAAAACCUAAAAAUCCAAGGUGCUUUAAAGGAAAAACUAUUCCACUUCCUUAUUAUUCCCAAAAUAAAGCAUGGAUGACAUCUUCUUUGUGGAGUAAAUUGAUAAAAGAAUUUGAUAAUGAAAUGAUUAGACAGAAGAGAAAGGUUUUAUUGUUCGUGGACAACGCAGCAUGUCACAAGGUUGACAACUUAGAAAUUGAAAAUGUUAAAAUUGAAUUCUUGCCAGCAAAUACCACUUCGAUCUUACAGCCUCUCGACCAAGGUAUAAUUCAUUGUUUCAAAGCCUAUUACCGUCAAAUUAUAGUGCGGAAGCAAUUACUGGCAAUCGAGAAUGGUGUUACAAUUAAACAGUUUUCCAAGUCAAUCACAAUUCUCAGAGCACUCAUGUACAUCAAACGAGCUUGGUGGCUUGUGAAACCCGAUACGAUUUCAAACUGUUAUCAAAAGGCUGGCUUCCUUCCUGGUGAAAACAGUGAACCUGAAGUCGAAGAAAUAUGGGACGUACCAAUAGAACCAACAAUAUUUGAAGAGUAUGUCCAAUACGAUAAUAACGUCCAAUGUUAUGGACUUUUAUCGGAAGAAGAAAUAAUAGCUGACAUUAAUAAUGAAAAUCAAGAAGAAGAGGACGAUAUUGAUAAUUAUGAAGAAGAGUUGGAACCUCCCAGUUUUACAGAAGCUUUAAAAGCGUUGACGGUUAUACGAAAAUUUAUUGAGCAUAACAACAUUGAUGAUGGCGAAACCGAGCGCCUUGAAGAAAAAAUGUUCAAAUACAGAUUUCAAAACACAACACAAACAAAAAUAACUGAUUAUUUUCUUUUGUAAAUCCACUUCCGCUUUAAAAAUAUUGAUAUUAAUCAAUUUAUGAAAUGUUUUUUAAUUUUUAUUUAUAUCAUUAAAUGAUUUUAGUUAUAAAAUGUGUUUUUUUUUUUAUUUUUCAAAAAAUAUAGAG